AUGUCCGGUUGUGCAGGGUGGAGUCACCACCCUGUAUCAGUGCACCGCUACCAUUUCAUCAUUCCGCUUGUGGCUGACGUGGACGAGAACAACAGCCAGGGCAUCGGCAAAGGCCGCAAGCUCUGCCCCAACUGCAGCGCCGUCAUCGCCUCCAACGCCAAGCGGUGCACUGCAUGUGGGCAUGAUGCAGUGCGGGGGACCUUACUGGAGUCUCAGACGCACCUGCUGCAUGGAGUGAUCCACACCAACGGAUUUGGCCACCUCCUACGAAUCAACGGCCGAGAACGCGGCUCACGCCUUGUCACUGGGCGGCAGCUGAUGGGCCUGUGGGACCGCAUUUGCACCAUGCUCAACGCCAGGACGUGGGCUAGUGAGAACACCUGCUCCCUCCCUGCUCCUGCUCUGGGUGCCAAAAGUGGAAAGGUUACGGCAGGUAGAGAUGUCACCUCCCCCAGAAGCAGACAAGGAAGAGACGCCGUUAGGUCGUCUGGUAUUAGCAUCAUUCCGUCUAAACGCCUUAAAGCAGAGGGAGGUGAAGAGAAAGAUUCGUAUGGGGGAGUAAUAAGGGGAGGAAAAGGGCUUGUGAGUCGAGGAGACGCUGGGGGAAUGAGGGGAAAAGAGGAGUCGAGUGGAGUGGAAGCACGGGCAGGGGGGGCAGCAGCGGGAGGGGCAGUGGGAGAAGAUGUGAAGGUUGGGGGGAGACCGAGAGGCAGAUCACAGGUGAACGUUUUCAAGAGCGAUGAGGAAUCGUCCAGCUCAUCAGAGGAGAGUGAUGACGUGGAUGAGGCCAGUGAUGACGUGGACUGGGAGAAAGGGGAGUGGAGAGGGGCGGCAGGGAGGAGAGGGGGGAGAGGAGGGAGGGUCGGAAGGGGCAGAGGCAGUUUCGGUGGCAAGGGGAUAGGGGUGGGGAGAGGGAGAGGGAGAGGGGUAGGAAGGGGAGGGGGAGGGCGGAGCAGGGGCAGGGGACGAGGCGAAUCUGCUAGUGGUGCAGCAGAGGGUGGAAAAAAGUUGAUGAGAAAGACAGCAGCAGGAGAAGCAAUAGGAGGAGCAGUAGCAAGAAAAGCAGUGGCAGAAGCAUCAGCAGCAGCAGCGGCAGCGGCAGCGGCAGCAGGAGCAGUGGGGACGGGAAGAGCAGGUGGAGGGGCAGGGAGGGGAGGCAGAGGAAAAGGGGUGCGUGGGGGAAGAGGGCGAGGGGGGAAUGGUGAGCUCAAGGCGCUGCUGGCAGAUUCUCCAGGGGAUGCCGGUACUCCAGGUGCCCUAGGGGAUGCUGAUAGGCCGCAUGCCACAGGGGAUGCUGAUGUUAAUAGGCCGCAUGCCACAGGGGAUGCUGAUGUUAAUAGGCCGCAUGCCACAGGGGAUGCUGAUGUUAAUAAGCCGUAUGCCACAGGGGAUGCUGAUGUUAAUAGGCCGUAUGCCACAGGGGAUGCUGAUGUUAAUAGGCCGUAUGCCACAGGGGAUGCUGAUGCUAAUGGUCCGGAUGCCACAGGGGAGUGUGAUCGGCUAGCAGGGGAAGAGGCAGCAGCGGCUGCUGUUAGUCGAAGAGGUGGGAGAGAGAAGGGAGUGUCUGGAGGCAAGGCGGGGAGGGAAUGUGCUGUGUAUGGGGCUUUGGAACACGAGGGGCAGACGGGUGGGGUUGGAAAGCGUGUGAAUUUGCGUGACUCUAAGGAGGAGGGCUGUCAUAAGGAAGUGUGUGAAGAGAGGGAUUGUGAAGGGAAGCAUUAUGAGGAGGAGAACUGUGAGGAGGACUGUAAGCAGGGAUAUUGUGAGGGGAGGGAUGGUGGGGGAAAAGGUUGUGAGGAGGCUUAUGAGAAUGAAUGUGGGGCUUAUGACUACAGGGGUCUGUAUGCACCAGGUGGGGAGUGUGAGGAGCUCGGGUGGUAUGCAGAGCAUGCAGGCGGUGAUGGUGCGGGGUGGUGGGGGCUGGACGCGUGGGAGGAGGAGCUGAGGGGUGAGGCGAUGCGGUGUGGCGGUGAGUAUGGGUGCGGAUUGUUGGAGGGGGAGGUGAGGGGGGAGGAGGAAGUGAAAGGGGAGGAGGGGAAGGGGAAUGAGAGGGAGGAGAAGAUGGAGGGUCAGGGGGAUGAGCAGGAGGGGGAGGGCGUGGAAGUAGAAGAGGAGGACGAGGAGGAGGUGAACGAGGUGGGGGAAGAGGAGCAAGUGUUCCAUACGACGGGGGUGGCAUUAAAGGGCUUCAACCAGGAGGGAGAAGCAGGGAAAGCGGCGGAAGCUUCCGAAGCGGGGGAAGCAGGGGGAGAAGUGAAGUUCUUAGGGGAGCAGUGGGAGAGAAGAGGCGCAGAUGGUGCAGUGGUGAGGAGAAAGUGCGACCUGAGGGCAACGGCGGGAGUUCUAGAAGAGGAGGAUGAGGAGGGGGGGAAGAAGGAGGAAGAAGGGGAGGAGGGGCUGGAGAAUGAGGAGGAAGGGAGGGAGGAGAAGGAGAAGGAGGAGAAGAAGGAGGAGUGGGAGGGAGGAAAAGAGAAAGAGGAGGAGGAGGAAUGGGGUUGGGAGGAGGAUGUGAUGGUGGAUAAAGGGGAAGUGGAUGAGGGCAGUGGGCGGAAAGGGAGGCGAUGGGCGCUGCGGGGGGAUACAGAUGGAGGGAAGAGCGGUACAGAUGGAGGGAAGGGCAAUGUAGAUGGAGGGAAGAGUGGUGCAGAUGGAGGGAAGAGCGGUGCAGAUGGAGGGAAGGGGGGUGCGGAUGGUGGAAAAGGGGGUGCAGAUGGAGGAAAAGGGGUUGCGAAUGUGGAUAAGAGAGAGUUGUUCCAAAGCAGGGAAUGUAGCUUGAAAGGCGAGUCAAAGGUGUCAUCUGCUGACAGGGCUUUCGUAAAUAAGAAGGGACUCAACGGGAAGAGUUUUCAGACAACUGGAAACUCUGUUGCAGGCGGACGGAACGGGAAGCGAAUCGCUGCUGAUUUGGGUAACAGGCAGACUGUAAAUAGAGGAACUUCUUGUCUUGGCGAAAGGGCAGAUAAUGAGAGAAAGGAUUCUGAGAAAAUGAGUAGUGUACAGAAGCAGUUGAAACGGCCAGCAGAGACGGCAUAUGUGAAGAAUGGAGGGGUGAAUGGAAGGAAUGGCAGAGAGGAUGAAUGCGAGGGCGAAGGGAAGGUGAGUAGUGGUGCAAAGAGAAAAGAGGCCGCACUGAGUGAGAGGAGGGAGAACAGAAUCAUUAGGAGGGAGAAUGGUGACAGUGUAGCGAGUGAAAGGAGGAACUUGCACGCCCUGCUUCCUUUGAGGAGCAGAUCAGGUUGUGAGAGAGGUAAGGGCUCAAUAGCAGAAGAGAGUCUGCAUCUGCCUGUUGCUUCAAAGAAGAGACGAGAGCAUGAGCAGCAGCAGCAGCAGCAGCAGCAGCAGCAGCAACAGCAAAAAAAUCUGAAGAAGAGCAAGUCGAAGCAGGCAACGUUGCAACAGGUAGGAGAGGAAGGUGGUGAAGUAACGGGUGUUCAGGGGCAGGAGCAAGAGGAGAGAAAGCCGCGGGCUGGAUGCAGAGUGGAGGACGUUGGUCAAGUUGGUGGCUUUGUGACUACACCUGUGGCUGCUGCCGCUGCUGCUGCUGCUGCUGUGGCUGGUGCUGCUGCUGCUGCUGUGGCUGGUGCUGCUGCUGUGGCUGGUGCUGCUGCUGCCGCUGCCCCUGCCGCUGCCGCUGCUGUUGGGGAAGGCGUCACCUUGUUGAGGUCUGAUUGCAAGCGGCACACACACGAACGGGUGCAGAAGCAGAUGCCGUUACCGGGUGCAAACAAGCAAUGUGGUCGGAUCUCAGAAGUCAAGGGAUCUGUAAUUGCGGCGGAGGAGAUAAGUCAGAAGCGCAGUGGGAGUGGGAGAGGGAGAGAGGGUGGGAAGUGGAGAGGGAAGGUGCCACUGAAUGGAAUCGAAGGUCUGACUGAGGCAGAGGUUGCAGAGGUUGUAGCGGCAGGAGUGGGGAGGGAGGCGGCAGGGCAGCAGAGAGAGAAGGUGAAGACUGAAGCAGUGCAUGAUGGGUUGCAAGAACACUGGGAAAGGAAAGGGGAAAUGGGAGAACGGGGAGUUGCGGAGGGGAGGGAGCAGUUGGAAGGGAGAGCGGAAAAGGAGCGGAAGGCAGGGAGGGACGAGAGGCCAAGGAGAGAGAGGGACAGGGUAGAGAAGGGGAAGGAGAGGAGAGAAGAGGACGAAUUUGGGGAGCAGGAGUGCAAGAGAGUAAAGUGUGGGGAGGGUGGCGGGGUGGUUAGAGUGGCAAGAAUCGCUAGUAAGUCGACUCAAGGGUCAGCAAAAGCUGGGAUAGAGGACAGUGGAGUGGAGAAAAGGGGGGAGCUGUGUGUAGAGAGGAGCGCUUUGGAUGCUGUUGAAGAUGAUGCUGUGGAGGGGGAGAUUGUGGAGGAGGGUAUUACUGUUGGGGGUGCCGUUCGUUUUCCGCAACGCAGGAGGCGAGAAGGUGAAGGUGCAGGUGCAGGUAAAGGUGAAGGUGCAGAAACGCGGGAGACAGCUCAUUGCACCACAGUCUCCACUCCCUCGGUCGCUGGGGGAAAAUUGCAAGCAGCAGAUGGAUCAACCUGCCCCAUCGGCCCUCCUGCACCUCCUCCCGUUCUCCCCAAGCCCGCUGCCCUCCAGCCCAGCCUCUGUUGCGGGGAAGCCCAGGCCAUACCCCCCCCACUGUCUUCUGGAGCGCCUCAAAUUCAUGCCGCCUCUGUCGCACCUCCCUUUAAGGCGUCUCAGCAGCAGCAUGUUGCACCAAUGUUGACAUCAAUUGAAAUAUUUCCCAAGCUCUCUGCCCCUCUCCCGACCCCCUGGGGCCCUCAGCUUGUGGGGUUCGGGGCUCAGGGCGAGACAGGGGCUGGACCACACAGGGAAGCGGGUAGUGUAGUAGGAGGAGGGGAGGGAGGGGAAGGAGGGGAGAGAGUAGAAGGCAAGCAACGCGGGGAUUUCAAUCACAGCAAGAGCACGGGUUCUAGAGCACUGGCACUUAGUAAAGCGGCAGAUUUUAGCAAAAUGCAGGCCUUCAAGUCUCCGUCAACUCUCAGUCAUGGAAGAGCGGCAGUUGCUGCUCCUAUGACUGGGGAAGAAGCAAGCCAGCAGCAGCAGAAGCAGCAGCAGGGUGUCGCAGUGGUGACACUGGCAGCAACGAGCAGCCCAGUGGAGCCGCAUCUGCGCUACCUCUACCGCAACCUCCUCGAAGGCGCUGCCAGACGCGUCCACCCCACCUUUGCUGCCAGGCCCUUGCUUCCUACCUGUGCUGGCAUGGCCUUUCCUCCCAACCGGCAUCUGCAGAAAGGCAUCUAUUCUCCUCGUGCUAGCCCGUGCCACCCUUUGUAUGCUGGCAGCAACGUUAUUGGUGGGGGUGGUGGCUGUGCGGGUGCGGCUGGUGCAGAGGGGCUGCUGGCGCUGGUGCGGGUGGUGCUGGACACAAAGCACUUGGUGAAGGGGUACUGGGGGGAGGAGGGGCGCGGAGUGGGAGAAAGAGAAGCGGAUGGGUUGAUGUGUGUGGCGUUUCGAGUGGUGGUGGAGGAAAGUGAGGAGGAGGAGAGGGAGGGGAGUGGGGAGAGGAAGGAAAGAGCUGGGAAGGAGAGAGAGGCUGCUGCAUUGAAAGUUGAAGGAGGCGCAGCGAUAGAGAGGACCAUGAGGGACACCUACUGUGCCAUGUCCAGAUUCAGUGUAUCUCAGCUCCCCCUGCUCGCUCAUCUACAGUCCACUGCCUUGGUCCGGCCAAACCUCAGCCCUCGCUGCGUAGUGCUGGUCCGGGGCUCAGGCAUGGAUGCAGGCUCGGACCUGUGCUGGGAGGGAGGUUCGGAGGGGUGGGUGGUGGAGUGCAGCUGUGGCACGAGGGAUGACGACGGCGAACAGAUGGUGGCGUGUGAUAGGUGUGAGCUGCUGACGUCCAUCCCCUGGGGGGUGCCUCUCGUUCUAGUCCUCCUGCCGCUGCUCUUCGACCGCCCCUUUCUCUUCCUCUCCCUCGCGGCGCUCGUGGUUCUCACACCCACCCUCCGAAACUCGCUCGGCCCGCCGUUCCUGGAGCUAGGCUCGGCGCUCCUGGAGCUCUCGGUUCGGCCGAUCGUAAACGAGAAGGAGUUGCACGGUCGGAAAGAGCGACAGCAGGAGAUGCAGGAGCAGUGGUCCCAGUUCCAGAGCAGUAAUUCUCAAAGGAGGAAGGAGCCACAGGUUUGGGAUGACACUCUGGGCCCAGGUUUGGGGAUUGGAAGUGGCUCGGCGCUAGGUUCGGGGGUUGCAUCGGAGGCAUGGAAGUGGGUUCGGUACCAGCUGGACGUGAUCCGUGGGGAGAUUGACCCUGGAAGUCCCGAGAGAGUGGGGAAGGAGAGCAGGGAAGGUGGUGGUGGGGGUAGGGGAUUCAGUAGCACAGAGGGGAAUUGGAGAGACAGAGAGCAAUGGGCAUUGCAGCAGCAGCAGCAGCAGCAGCAGCAGCAGCAGCAGCAGCAGCAGCAGCAGCAGCAGCAGCAGCAGCAGCAGCAGCAGCAGCAGCAGCAGCAGCAGCAGCAGCAACAGCAGCAAUGGCAGGAAUGGGAAAGGCAGGGGGGAGCUGAACCAGAGGACAGGGGUUACAGAAGGAGUGGGAGCUGGCAAGGAUCAGGCGAUGGGGAAUGGCAGGAUGAGAGGAGGUGGCAGGAGGGCGAUGCCACGCAGUGGGCUGGUGGCUCUCUGAAGGGAGGUGAGGAUCAGUAUGGGAGGGUGGAGGAGAAGCAAGGAUGGGAGAUGGGGUUGCAAAGAGGUGAUGGUGGGGAAGGGGAGACGAGGUGGGAAGAGUCUGUCCGAGCGAUGGCGACAGAACCAGCAGCCACCCCCGCUGCUGCGAAGAGCAGCGAAAUCCUUCCUGGCGAGCCGUUACAAGAGGGUUACGAAAGGAUGGAUCCGUAUUCGCUGAUCCCGGCGCGACGGUGCGGCGUGCUGGUGCAUCCCACGUCGCUUCCCGGCCCGCAUGGCACGGGCGACUUGGGUCCCGGCGCGUUCAGGUUCCUCGACUGGCUUGAAUCGACGGGAUGCACAAUCUGGCAGGUGCUGCCGCUGGUGCCACCUGGAAGGAAGUCAGGCGAAGACGGCAGUCCCUAUGCUGGCCAGGACGCCAACUGCGGCAACACGCUGCUGCUCUCCCUCGACCUGCUCGUGCAAGAUGGCCUCCUCAAGCCUGAGGACCUCCCUCCCACGCGCCCGGUAGAGAGAGUGGAUUACAAGCAAGUGAUCAGGGACAAGGACCCUGCUGUUGCCAAGGCGGCCAAAGCACUGGUGAGGAGCAAGGGAGAGCUCAAGGCGGAGUUUGACGCCUUCAGGCAGUCCCCCACCAUCUCUGCAUGGUUGGAGGAAGCAGCUCUGUUCAGCGCUAUCGACGAAGAGCAGGGGGUGGAGUUCUGGUGGCUGUGGCCCAAGGAGCUCAAGGACCGAGAGCCACAGGCCCUAGCGGCUGCAAGAGAGAGACACCAGGAAUACAUUGACGAGUUUGCGGCGCAGCAGUUUCUGUUCCAGAGGCAGUGGCAGGCGCUGCACCGGUAUGCCAACAGCAAGGGAAUCAGCAUCAUGGGAGACAUGCCUAUCUACGUGGGGGGGCACAGCGCUGACGUGUGGGCCAACCCAGAGCAAUUCAUGCUGGACCCCGAGACCCGCGAGCCCACAUUCGUGAGUGGCGUGCCGCCCGAUGCCUUUAGUGCCACAGGACAGCUGUGGGGCAGCCCGCUGUACAACUGGCCAGCCAUGGCCAAGGACGGGUACUCGUGGUGGGCGAAGCGAAUGAGGAGGGCGUUUGACCUCUACGAUGAGUUCCGCAUCGACCACUUUCGCGGGCUCGCGGGGUACUGGAGCAUCCCUGCUGACUCUGAGACCGCCAUGAACGGCCGCUGGAUGAUGGGGCCGCGCAAGGAGUUCUUUGAGGCUAUCCGGAAGGCCGUGGACAAGCCCAUUGACAUCGUGGCAGAGGACCUGGGUGUGAUUACAGUGGACGUGGUUGAUCUGCGCCGUGAAAUCGGCGCCCCCGGCAUGGCGGUGCUCCAGUUUGCGUUUGGCAGUGACGCCAAGAACCCUCACCUGCCGCACAACCACGAGCAGAACCAAGUGGUGUACCCGGGGACUCACGACAACGACACGGUCGUUGGUUGGUGGGAGAAAAUUCCCGAGUGGGAGAAGAAUAAUGUGCGUGUGCUGCUGGGUCUGUCGCCCCAGGAGGAGGAGGAGAUCCAGUGGGCGAUCAUCCGGGCGGCGGUGUCUUCUGUAGCGCGCACCACCGUGAUUGCGCUGCAGGACGUGAUGGGUCUGGACAAUUCUGCUCGCAUGAACGUACCUGCUGUGCAGGCGGGCCAGUGGGGGUGGAGGGCAGGCGAGUCAGGCCUGUUCGACUCGCUCGACGGGGAGGCAGCACGGCUGAGAAUGCUGCUCGUAGCAUUCAACCGCGCAGCACCGCUGCCAGGCAACUGGACGCCCUUCUGGCGCUUCCUGCAGCGCCGCCAGAACGCUCUUUUCGCCCCGCCUCCCCCCUCUGCCAACAAGUGA